UCAUUUCCAAAUGUUUUCGGUUGUAUUGAUGGAUGCCACAUAAAUACACUAUUUCCAUGGGAAAAGAGAACAAAAAUGCCAAAACUGGAUAGAAAUAUGUUUUGUAAUCGAAAACAAGUGCCUACCAUAGUAUUACAGGGAAUCGUUGAUGCAAAUCUAAAGUUUAUAGAUGUUUUUGCUGGUUGGCCUGGACGUACACAUGAUGCACGGAUUUAUCGUUGCAGCAGUAUUGGUCAGGUGAUCAUUAAUAAUCCUUGGACCAUUCUACCACCAACAUGCCAUAUUCUGGGAGAUGGUGCAUACCCAUUGACUGAAGGUCUAAUGGUACCUUAUAAAGAUAAUGGGCAUUUAACCAGACAGGAAAAAAAUUUUAAUAAGACAUUGAGUAGUACUCUAAUUCUAAUUGAGCAGGCGUUUGGAAAAUUAAUUUGCAGAUUUAGGAAAUUAAAGUAUCAUAUGGAUAUAUAUAAAAAAGAUGUUUGUGGAAAAAUAAUUACAGCUGCAUGCUGCUUACACAAUAUAUGUAUGUCAGUAGGCGAUGAUUAUAUUGAUUAUGAUCCAAUACCAUCAGAAGAAACUAUCGAGGAAAAUGAAGAGGAAAUUAUGGGUGGCAUGACUAAAAGAGAUUUUAUAU